AUGCCACUUGCGGACCACGUAUCUACAGCUGCUGCACAGGAGACUCAGCGUUCCUCUGUGCCACAUGAGGCGCGGAGAAGAGAGCUGAAGGAAGCCAGGCGCGGGCCAAGACGCCUGCGGCGAAUCCGCCGGCUGGGCAUCAGACGGCGGCGACGCGCGUGGCACGGCCGACCUCGGCGGGCUUGCUGUGCGCGCGGAAGGCAUCUGCAUACAGGCUUCUCUUUGAGGUUCCUCUGGCUUCAUCAAGGCGGAGGGCGCCGCGCGCCGACCGCUCGAGCCAGUCUGCUCAGCAGACGGCAGCGGGAGGAACUCUCUGGUGCCGAGAGCGCCCGUGCGGAACUGACUGGAGCGGAGAGACGUGGCGAAGAGAGAGGCGGCCAAACCGCGAAAGUCCGGGAAAAAGAGACUCUGCGGGCAGCCUGGCAUACUUGUGAAUGGGAGAGGAAAGAAAGAAAUGAAUCCACGAGGGAAGACCGCCAGCGACGGCAGAAGAAGCGAAAGACACGAGAAGCGCGGAACGCGCAGCGAGACGAGGCCGCGCGCCAGAGCAAGCGCAGAUCAAGCAAGCGAGCAACAACUGGAUACGGACACGGUUUCUGGCAACUGGAGGAAACCAUAAAAAAGCAUAUCAGGGAAGGAGAAAGAAGAACUCAAGGCGAAACAAGAUCAGCACGGGAAACGACGAAAAAGGGCGGUCGAGAAGGCGCGCGAGCGUGA